UUUCCCGGCGUGCACCGCGGCGGCGGCGGCGGCAGCGAUAGCGGCAAGAUGGCGGACGUGCUGGAUCUGCAUGAGGCGGGAGGAGAGGACUUCGCCAUGGACGAGGAUGGCGACGAGAGCAUCCACAAGCUGAAGGAGAAAGCCAAGAAGCGGAAGGGCCGAGGCUUCGGCUCAGAGGAAGGCUCCCGGGCUCGCGUGCGCGAGGACUACGACAGCGUGGAGCAGGACGGAGAUGAGCCGGGCCCGCAGAGGUCGGUGGAGGGCUGGAUCCUCUUCGUCACGGGGGUUCACGAGGAGGCGACGGAAGAAGACAUCCACGACAAAUUUGCGGAGUAUGGCGAGAUAAAAAACAUCCACCUGAACCUUGACAGACGGACGGGCUACCUGAAGGGAUAUACUCUGGUCGAGUAUGAAACCUAUAAAGAGGCGCAGGCGGCCAUGGAGGGGCUGAACGGCCAGGAGCUGAUGGGGCAGCCCAUCAGCGUGGAUUGGUGCUUCGUGCGAGGGCCCCCGAAAGGAAAGAGGAGGGGCGGGCGCCGACGGAGCAGGAGUCCGGACAGGAGACGCCGAUGAUGGAUCCUUACUUCUACCCGUGUGUUCCAGUUCCAAAUUGGGGGAACUGGGAGGGGAAAAGGGGGUUGGGGGGGGUGGGGGUUUGUACAUUGGGGACGGGGCGUUUGAGGAACAGCCGGAGGAUUAAACCAGUUUGUCGCUCCGGCGAAUUUGUUUCUUACAAGAUUUUCUCGUUUUCAAAGAAGAAAACCUGAGCGAAGAAGCCUGACCUGAGGUGUCGGGGGGGGUUAUUUUCACUGGUGUUCGUGGCAAUCGCAGCCCCUCAGCCCGGUUACGCCCCAAACCGCGACGUUUUUAAGUGUUUUGUUACGUCCGCGAGCGACCCGGCAUUUCGGCCGCUCUUCUUUUGGAGAGAAGUUGUUUUCUACACCCCAGGCAAACGUUCCUUAAAUCUCCCGAGGGGUUUUAUUCUGUUGACUUUACGUUUUGCGAGUGAACUCAGCUUUUUAAAUAACUCUGAUUUUGUGUAAAACUGUCCUCUCGUUAUUUGUCCUUAAGUAAACAUUCUGAGAAGCUGUAA